AAAGUGGACAUUGAAAGGCUUUUGUUUAGUUUUCUCUCUCUUUCUCUCUAUACCCUUCAGCUUCUCUCUGUUGCUAUUUUUUUUUGUUGAUCUUCAGAUUUAUUCAGGGAGUUUAUGAAUGAAUGAAUGAAUCAAUGAAUGGAUGAAUCUUCUAGUUUGCCAGCUGAGAAAAUUCGAGAAGCUGGAGGUAUAAGAUCGGGGUGUUUUCCUUCUGGAAUUUUGAUGUCUCCACCACUACUUAAUGUUGAGGAGGGGGAGGAAAGUCGCAGCAAUGUCACUCUGUUGGCUUCCCCGAGCUCUAUGGAGAGUGUCAGUCAAAACAAUUUGGGAUUUGAAGAGCGUAAUUACAUGGGAUUAUCUGUUUCUUCUUCAGAGGAAAGCUGUAUGACUGCCACAAAGCCUAAUGGGAACAAACACUUGCUGAAUCUCAAGGCUACGGAAUUGAGGCUAGGCAUUCCUGGAUCUGAAUCCCCCGAGAGAGAUCCAGAUAUCAGCUUUCGUAGUUCUUCUCAACUUGACGAAAAAACACUAUUUCCUUUGCACCCAUCAGGUGAUGGUCGCUACUCUUCACCACAUAAGGCUGUGGUCUCAGGCAACAAAAGGGGGUUUUCAGAUGCUAUGAACGAAUUCUCAGAGGGAAAAUAUAACGCUAACAUAGGUUUGAAAGCUAGUUCUUUGCUAGAGAACCUUGGAAGUGAAAUGGGGAAAUUGAAAGAGGCAACUACACAAAAGGCUGUACAAGAGAGGUCUCUAGAAAAUAGUGAAACUAGGCCAUCUCAAAGCGAGGCUGCAAAUAACAACACCAGUGCACCUGUUUCUAAGGCACAGGUUGUCGGUUGGCCGCCCAUAAGAUCUUUCAGAAAAAACACAUUGGCUACAACUUCAAAGAACAAUGAUGAAGUUGAUGGAAAGGCAAUACCUGGUGCACUCUUCGUCAAAGUUAGCAUGGAUGGUGCUCCUUAUCUGAGGAAGGUAGAUCUGAGGAACUACUCUGCAUACCAGAAGCUGUCUUCUGCCCUUGAAAAAAUGUUCAGCUGUUUUACUAUAGGUCAAUAUGGAGCUCAUGGAGCUCUGGGCAUGGAGAAAAUGAGUGAGAGCAAGCUGAAAGAUCUUCUUCAUGGCUCAGAAUAUGUUCUAACAUAUGAGGACAAAGAUGGUGACUGGAUGCUCGUUGGUGAUGUCCCCUGGGAGAUGUUCAUCGACUCUUGUAAGAGGCUGAGGAUUAUGAAGAGCUCGGAUGCAAUUGGCCUGGCUCCUAGGGCGGUGGAGAAGUGCCGGAACAGGAACUAGCUAAGCGCUAUGCCACAGUUGAUGCUACCCAUCCAAAUGUUAGAACAAGAUAAAUCUAAACUAAAAGUACAUCAUAUGUGGCUUUGGAAGGUGGUUCGAGGAACGAGUGAGUCUUUGAUGGGAUAGGUUCUUGUGUCCAUUUCCCUUCGUUACAUUAUGUUUUGUUUCCAAAUUAUGUUUAUGUUACUUUGAUGAUGUCUAAACAGUUGUCCUAUUUUGUGAAUUGAACUACUUAAAAACUAUUGAACAAGUCUGUAGAUCGGUGGACAAGUUCCUGUCCCUCUGCAAGACACUCUCGAAAGUUUGUAAAGUUAUUGGUUGUCAAACUGUGUUGUUUUGAAUGCUCUGUAAUAUUGUAAACAUUCAGUCUAUUUGACUUGACUCCUUCAAAUCCUACUUCAAC